AUGGAAACUUCACCAAAGUUGAGCAAGUUGUCACAGGCAGACUCUCCUGCUACAAGCACAUCAAAGGAACAUUACUUACACGCCAACGUGGAAGGAGGUUUUGUGGAUUCAACUGUAAAACUUACUGAGAAGGCAAAACUGGAAUGCAUCUACCCAAAGAAAGCCACGAUAAUCCAGACAUCCUGGAUGAAACUUAAUGUAACUCAUAAAGAAAAUAUAGCUGUCUUGCACCCGAUCUAUGGCAUACAUAUUGAAGAAAAAUACAAUGGAAGAAUUUAUUUUGAAAAUGCUUCCAGGGAAGACAAGUCCUUAUCCUUUAUCAAGAGCACUUUGGAAGAUGUUGGUCUUUACUUUUGCUCCAUUGUAACGUACCCAGAUGGAGUUUGGGAAAAGGUAAUAGAAAUUGUUCAUUCAACAGAUGCUUUUGAAAUAUCUGAGAAACAAAAUAAUCCCGUGUAUACCAAGCUGGGAGGAAAUGCAGCUUUUACUUGUCCCUAUAAAAUUGGAGAUUCAGUGAAGCAAGUGAUGUGGGAAAGGAUUAAAGCAGAUCAGGUGGAUACCAUUGUUCUGUGCAGCUCGUCAGGAAAGAGAAGCUUUGGUUCAGAUUUCAAAGAGCGUACACUGGUGGAUUGCUCUGAUCAGGCAAACUCCAUGAUUAUCAUUCAAAACAUCACUGCCUCUGACUUUGCAACGUACCGCUGCGUGGCUACUGGAAGAAACAAAACCUAUGUGAUGAGUUUUACUGUGGCUGCAACUUGGGAUCCAAAAUUUUUUAUUACCUACAUAGCUGGAGGAAUUUCUGCUGCUGUCUUACUGUUAAUUUUACUGAUCAUCUGCAUCGCCACUGCUUAUCGCAAAAAAAAGAAGAGGAAGAGAAUCACAGAGACUUCCAAAAAUGUUUUGUACUCUACUCAGGCCUGGCCUGCUAACAGUUACGGAAGAUCCAAUUUUCUUGGCAUGUGGAACACAGAAAGAAGAGAAGAAUCAUCACUCAAGCAGACAGAGGAGAUUUAUGUCAAUGUCUCACACAAUCCUACAAAAAGCCAUUAG